AUCCCCGCCGUCACGCUCUCUUUCCGUCGUUACAGUGCUCCAAUGGGGCCUAAUUAACCAAUCGACCCCAUGGAACCUGCCCGACGCCGCUGCCAGUGACCACGAUGCUCGAAAUCUCAUGUCCCUCUUCCGCACCCUCGACCGGACCUCCGCAGUCUCUCCACACCAAGCUCCCUUCCUUGCCUUCCUAUGUCCCGUCCUCCAGCAGACGGAGGGGUCGCGGCGCAGCUUCAGUCAUGCUGCAAUAAAACAUGGCUCGCGUACCAAGACUCCCACCGGCAAUCCCACCGGCAAUCCAAUGGAGGCCUUCUUCAUUCGAGCCCUCGUGCGCGCCGGCUCCUGUCAAAAACAUGCACGGCACAUGCACAACCUGCGCAGUGCCGUCCCUCAGCCAUCACAGCAACACAAGCCCCGCCGGAAACGCGUCCCAGACCACGGCCGGCACCAUGACCAUCGAGGGUUCAAGACAAAGGCCGAGCAUAAGGGGCCUCUGGACAAGGCCGGGCAAUUUGCAAAGAAAGAGCUCAAGGCCAUGGUGGACUACUACGGGAUUGAGGUGGAUACCCGCCCCGAGGACGACGGCAUGAUGGACGAUGGCGGGCCGUUGAUAUGGAACGUGGGCGGCAACCAUGAGCCGUGGCCCCUUCGUGAGGCCACCGACUUCUUCCACAUACGGCGACUCAAGAAGCUGCUCAAAAACGAUGAAUCGCCCCACGAAGAGGUCUUCGACACGUACAGGAAGCUGCCUUCGCCAGGCGUUGUGUACCUCGAAACGGAUAUGAUUCGGAGCCUGCUACACCAUCUGUCCAUCGUUGAACGCCCUUCUCCCACAGCUAUGCAGCGGUUCAUGUCUGUACUCGAUGACAUGAAAAGCGCACACAUACACAUCACUCAGUCAGAAUGGACUACAGCAAUCUACUUCGCCGGUCGCUGUAUGGGCAGGGUAUCUGGCGAGGAAGUGACAUCCGCGUUGAGCAUGUGGCGCGACAUGGAGCACCGUGCUGGUGUCAAGGGCGGCUUCGUGACGCUGAACGUCCUCUUUGAUGUGGCAGUCAAGGCAGGGAAAUACACACUGGCCGAGACCUUCCUCAAGGAGCUGCAAGCGCGCAAGCUCAAGCUGCAUCGCCACUUCCGAGUCUCGUUGCUGUAUUACUACGGCGUGCUGCAAAACGGCAAUGGCGUCAGACAGACGUACCAAGACCUCGUCGAAGCCGGCGACAUUGUAGACACACCGGUCAUGAACGCCGUCAUUGCAGCUCUCUUCCGUGCUGGCGAGCCUGCAGCCGCGGAGCAUGUGUUCGAGCGAAUGAAAAGGCUACAUGCUGCGAAAGAGCAGCCCGCGCCAGGCCACAGGUUCUUCAUGAACAACUGGCGAGAUCGCCGAGCAGUGGGUUUGCACUUUACUCACCAAGCUCGGCAGCUCAAGCGCGCUGGAAAGAAGGAGGAGCUGAAGGAGCUGCAGGACUACGCGCCAAUCGCUCCAAAUUCGCGUACGUACGCGCUGCUCAUACGGCAUCACUCCACAGUAACCGGGGAUAUCGACCGCGUGAAUGAGCUGCUCCGGGAAAUGCAGGUCAACUCCAUUCCCAUCGAGGGUACCACCUUCAUCGUCAUGUUCUACGGUUUCAGUUCCUUCGGCGGUGUUCGAUAUUCUUCCUGGACAGCCGACAAGCUGGAGAGAGUAUGGGCGCAAUUUCUUGUGGCCGUGACGAAUAAGACAGACCGCACAUGGCUCUCCAGUAUGGCCGUCACUGCAGCUUUGAAAGCGUUCAAAAGAUGCACGAACCCCGACCGAGCCUUGCGUGCAUGGGAAGAGCUUCGGCCUAGCUGGCAGCCCAGUGAACAAGAGCUGGAAAGCGUCAUGCAAGAGCUGCGGAGAAUCGAUGUAAAGCCUGGCUUCUUCAGCAAGAACGUCAGAGGGCGGAUACGAUAAGUG